GAUUAAAAAAAAUUAUCAAUCAAUACGCUUUUAAUUAGCCAAAAAUCUAACCGCACCUAAAAUUUUUAUAAAAACUAUAAAAUUUAUAUAAAAUUUAUAUAAAAUUUAUACAAAAUUUUAUAAAAAAAUUAAAAAAUUUAAUCAAAAAAUAUAUUAAUUUUUUUUUUUAAAAAUAUUUUUUAAAAUUUUUUAUAAAUUUUUAUUCAAAAAAAAAUUAAACUUAAUUUUUAUACCUCGUAUAAAACAAAUUAGAUUUAUCUAACAUUUUAACAUUUAACAAAAACGCCUAAACUUUUAUAACGUUUAUCCUAAAUAACAAAAAAAUCCUAUUUUGUUGUUUUUCCAACUCUGUUGCUUAACGCCUUUUUACAAAUUUUAUUUUUAUAAUUUUAUCAAUCCCCCCCCCCUUAAUCGAAAAUGAAAAUUACCAAAGUAUUAUACCUCUUCGCUGCUUUGUUAGCAGUCAACUUCAUUGCUCCAAGCUUCUACAAUAAUGUUGUAGCAGGAAAGAAAGUUGCCGCCGGUUACAAAAAAUUAACCGACGCUGAAAGAAAAAAGAGAAACCAAAAGAUCAUGAUGAUCUCCUCCAUUGCUUCUGGUAUUGCCGUACUCCUCGGUACUGCCUUAGGCCUUGGUCUCCACUACAAAAACAAACAAGAUAACAAAAAGGGAACCCCAAACACCAAGAAAGAGCCAUUACUUGGUGGAUUGAACCAAAAACAACCAACCAAAGGCAGCAACAUCCAAUAAAUGCGGAAUAAGCCUUUAACCAAAUGAUAACGGAUUAACCAAUAAAGGCACAAAGGCGCUUGCUUUAUUGGGUUUAUAGUAUAUAAGCCCAUGGAGCAAAGACCUGAGCAAAAGAAGAUGGAGCCACUUGAGAGAGUUGCGCCUAUAUAUAUACAUGUACGUACAAUUACAUACAUGUAUAUAUAUAUGGUGUCAAAUUAUUACAACACUUAAUGGAGACACAUUUUCACUCUAACCACUCGAGAUGACAAGCAACAAUGGAGAAGAGAAAAUCCGCAAAAAGAAAACAAAAUGGAAGAGCCGAGCCAGCCCUUGAUGAUGGACUUACAUUUUUCAAGAGAUAGCUUUAAGCGUGUUUAACAAUUUUACGAUAAGAGAAAAAUUAAAGAGCUACAUAUGUAUAUUUACAUGUGUAACUUUUUAGCAUGUUUUUCUUUUUUAUCUGUUUUUCACCUUUUAGCAAAAAAAAAAAAAAAAAAAACAUAAAAAAGAGUAAUUUUCACCUUUUAUGAAAUGAGAUUUAUAAUUUAUAAGUUCGUAGAGUUGCGUAGAAUAAUAUAUAUAUUAUAUAUAUGUGUAUAUAUGUGCCUAUAUAUGUGCGUAUAUAUGUAUGUACCUAUAUAUGUACCUAUAUAUGUACCUAUAUAUGUACCUAUAUAUAUAUAUCUUUUAUUCCUACCAUUUUAUAUACCCAUUGAUUAUUUAUCUCCAUAUAAUAAUUCCUGACAGCUUAUAGAACAAAACCAUAGCAUAAGAAAUAACCCCCUUUUUUUUUUUUUUUAUUAUAUAUAUAUUUAUAACCAAUAUAUAUAUAUCCCAUUUUAUUUUUUUAUAUUUACCAAAAAAAACAAAAAAAAAAUAUAUAAUCGUGUACAUUUUUCUUAUGUAGAUUAUAUGAGAGAUUGAUUAUAUAUAUUUUUAUAUAUUUUUUUAACGUAUUAAGUUCUUUGAAGUAAUUUUAUUUACU